AUGAAGAAAAAGCUUUUUACAAGACAAAGAGUGAAGCUUCACCGUGAAAAGCGAGAUUUGCAGAAAGUUUUGAAUGAAAGGCUGAAAGAUAAAGCUAGAAAGCAAACAAAAAGAAAUAACAGAAAAAGAAUAACUAUUGAAUCUGAUAGAAUUAAGGAUAAGAGUAGAAAGACAACACAGAGAGAAAAAAGAGAUGAAAAUACUAUUGACUUUGAUAAAAGCAAGGAUAAAAAAGGAAACCAACUCGGGGAGAAAAAAGAGAUGAAAAUACUAUUGACUUUGAUAAAAGCAAGGAUAAAAAAAGGAAAACAACUCAGCGAGAAAAAAGAGAUGAAAAUACUAUUGACUUUGAUAGAAGCAAGGAUAAAAGAAGGAAAACAACACAGCGAGAAAAAAAGAGAUGAAAUAAAUAUCGCCUCACAUAGAAGCAAGGAUAAAGUUAAAAAGAAAACAGAGAGAGAACAUAGAGAUGAAAUAACUAUUGACUCUGAUAAAAGGAAGGAUAAAGGAAGGAAGAGAACAGAGCGAAAAAAUAGAGAUGACAAUACUAUUGACUCUGAUAAAAGGAAGGAAGACAACAGAGCGUGA